AUGACUGAGAAAACAAGUUUUCCCGAACGGUACAGAGCGAUGUACACCGUGCACAAGUACAAACCGCUGCUGCCCAGCGAUCGUCGGAUCGUGCCCUUUCGGAAGAAGAAAACGCGCUUCAAAGUGAUGCUGCUGAUGGGGACGGUCUUUGCCUGUCUGCUGUACGCAAUCGAGCGUCCCUUCUGGUGGGACUACGACUCGCUGGAGACUCCACUGUGGAACGAGGCGCUUGAGACGCGGGACGACGAGCAGCACUUCAACUACAACAGUUCGUACUUCGUCAAUACGGCCGGCUGCAAGAUGCCAAGCUUUCCGGUGCUAAACGAGCACAUCCAGAAGUUUAUCGAACGACCGGACCCGAUCGAAUGUGUGCCGGCGCUGCUGCAGUCGGAUGACCGGUGGCUCUGGUUUCGACUCUCCGAGGAGGAUAUCGAACGGCACUACAACGUGACCAACGCCAGCCUGAUACAGUGCUGCGUGCAACCGUUCGUUCGGCUAACGGACGACGAAGAGAAGCUGACGGGCAACAGGAGUUGCUUCGAAUUUCCGGACCGGUUCGGUGUAAUGGAGGAUGAGUUCAUUAUGGUGCACUGUCGGCAUCCGGCGUUAAAAGUAUCGUUCUAUGGAGACUACUUCGCUUUUGCACCCCGUAAAAAGUCCGUCGAGGAGCGGAUACGGAAGGCGAAGAAUCAGAGCAAGGGUGAUGGCGCUGAUGAGCGUCGGCUGGACGUGAUGAUACUGGGUAUCGAUGCGGUAUCAAGAUUAAACCUUCACCGACAGAUGAACCAAACAGUCGACUAUGUUCUUAAUACCCUCAAUGGUAUCGAAAUGUUCGGCUACAAUAAAGUCGGUGACAAUACGUUUCCGAACAUGAUCCCAGCUCUCACCGGGCUGGACAUCGAGGAACUCGGUGCAGCAUGUCUUCCAAACUCGAGCAGUACCUUCGACCUGUGCCAGUUCCUGUGGAACAAGUAUGGCGAGGCCGGCUACCGGACCGUGUACGCCGAGGACAGCACGGCCAUGGGUACGUUCAACUACGCUAAGAACGGAUUCCGUACGCAACCCACCGACUACUACCUGAGGAGCUUUUUCCGCCGGAUGGAAUCGAAGGUGGGCUACAACAAGAAGCUGAACGCUAAACUGUGCUUGGGGGGUCGGAGUCCCACCCGGGUGCUGCUAGAGUACGCCCGAAAGCUCGUCCGAUCGUUCGACACUGGCGAGUCGGUGUUCUCGCUGCUCUGGGCUGUGGGAAUGACGCACGAUUUCUUCAACGCCCCGGCGCUUAUCGAUGACGACUAUCGGCAGGUGUUGGAGUUUAUGAACGAUGAGGGACAGCCGGAGAAGCGGCAGUAUCUGAACCGCACGGUGUUGAUCCUGAUGAGCGAUCACGGAAUUCGGUGGGGCUCGUUUCGAAACACUUACCAGGGUAUGAUGGAGGAACGGCAACCAUUUUUGAUAUUCAUAUUGCCAACGUGGUUCCGGGGGCGCUAUCCUACGGCGUACCACAAUCUCCGGAGGAACCGGCUUCGUCUCACCACCCACUUCGACCUGUACGAAACGCUGAAAGAUGUACUCGAUUUAAGAACCCUAGAAACGGGGACCCUUUCGACGCGAACCAACGAGCUACUGGAUGCCAAACCGACACCGAGGGGCAUCAGCUUGUUCCUUCCGAUACCGACGACACGGACCUGUGAGGACGCCGGGAUAGCACCGCACUGGUGUACCUGUCACGAUCAUAAGCCACUCUCGAAAACCGACCGGCAGGUCAUACAGGCGGCACGGUUCGCGGUAAACCGGGUGAACCAUCUUCUGCUGGACUACCCCCAGUGUAGCGUGCUGCACCUCAACUCGAUCGAGGAAGCCAGUGUGGGUAUGUCGUCGGACAACAUCACGACCCAGCAUAAGUUCAGCGACAUCAACGUGCGGUUUAUGACGAAACCGGGGGACGGCGAGUUUGAGGCGACGGUGCGCAUCGACUCCAACAACGAGAGCUUCCUGACCGGCACCGUAAGCCGGACGAACCUGUACGGUAAACAAAGCUUCUGCGUCGAUGACUAUCGUUUGAAAUUGUACUGUUUUUGUGGGCUGUAAAAGGGCGUAUAAAAAGCGUAUAUUCUCUAUUAAUCAAGGUCAAAACAAAACGAACAAAGACGAGUUCGUAUGGACAGGGAAUUAAUUACCCGUGCUAGUGGAGAUAGUGUUAAGCCUAGAGCGAAUCCAAAUCAAAAAACUAAACGCUACCUAUAAAAGUGAUAAUGUAGAGAUACGAGUUUUUCGUCCCUUCGUCCAUAUUGCGAGGGGGUUAGGUAGAGUGAGGUGUAGUCAGGUACAGGUAUAUAAUUGGUUCUGUUGUCCUAUUUUGUAAUGUGCUUCCGUUG